GUACUCUAUUGUCCAGGGCAUGCAUUUAAAGAGACUGUUCAGCAUCAAUGAGCACAAUGGAACAAUCAUUACAACUGAACCUCUGGACCGAGAGAUAACUUCUUGGCACAACAUAACUGUUACUGCCACAGAAACAAGAAAUCCUGAAAAAAUUUCAGAAGCAAAUGUAUAUAUCCGAGUUCUUGAUGUUAAUGAUCAUGCACCAGAAUUCCCUAAAUAUUAUGAAACAUAUGUUUGUGAAAAUGCAGUUUCUGGCCAGCUAAUUCAAAGCAUCAGUGCAGUGGAUCAAGAUGACUCAGAAGAAGGUCACCAUUUUUAUUUCUCAUUGGCUCAGGAAGCUGUGAACAACUCACAUUUUACUGUAAAAGAUAAUCAAGAUAACACAGCUGGAAUUUUCACAGCAAAAAGUGGCUUCAGGAUGCAAGAGCAGUAUUCUUUCUACUUGCCCAUCUUAAUUAUGGAUAAUGGAACCCCACCCCUGACCAGCACAAAUACUCUCACCAUCACUGUCUGCAACUGUGACACCGAAGUUAAGGUCUUCUACUGUCGAUAUGGAGCUUUUCUCUAUGCCAUGGGCCUCAGCACAGAAGCUUUAGUUGCUAUUUUGGCUUGUAUAUUAAUACUCCUGGUGUUCUUUUUGGCAAUUGUAGCCAUACGGCAGCAGAGGAAAAAGUCUCCCUUUUCAGAGAAAAUGGAAGAAUUCAGAGAGAACAUCGUGAGGUAUGACGAUGAGGGAGGUGGCGAGGAGGACACGGAGGCCUUUGACAUCUCAGCGCUGAGGACCCGCACCGUCCUGCGGGGACACAGACCUCGGAGGAAGGUGGCCACGGAAAUCCACAGCCUGUACAGACAGUCCCUGCAGGUGGGCCCUGACAGUGCCAUCUUCAGGCAGUUCAUCUCGGAAAAGCUGGAGGAAGCAAACACAGAUCCUCGCGUCCCUCCGUACGACUCCCUUCAGACCUACUCGUUUGAGGGGAGCGGCUCUUUGGCGGGAUCCCUCAGCUCCUUGGGUUCAACCCUGUCAGAUGCAGACCAGAAUUAUGACUACCUUACAGACUGGGGACCUCACUUCAGACACCUCGCAGGCAUGUACACUUCCCAGAGAAGUGUGGGAGAUUAG